AUGUCAGUUAAAUAUAAUUUCUGUGGUAAAGUGGCCCUGGUGACCGGUUCUAAUUCAGGCAUUGGUGCGGCCACUGUCUUACUGUUUGCCAAAUCAGGUGCUAAUGUAGUGGUGACGGGAAGUAAUGCUACGAAAGUGUCACAAGCGGCCAAACAGUGUCGCAAUGAAUCGCCUAAUGGUUUGAAAGCUCUGGAAGUGGUGGCAGACGUUACCAAAGAGGAAGAUCUCCAAAAACUUGUCGACAAAACUAUAGAAACUUUUGGCAAAAUUGAUAUUUUGGUCAAUAAUGCCGGUAUUGAUUCAAUUGUUAAUAUAUGUGAUUCUGAUUAUAUGGACAAAUACAGAGCUAUUCGCCAAACAAACUUGGAUUCAGUCGUAUAUUUGACUCACAUUUGUGUCCAACAUUUGGAGAAAACUAAAGGCAAUAUCAUUAAUAUCUCGAGUGUUCUUAGUGUUAAUACUCACAUUUCUAACUCCCACUACUGUAUGUCGAGGGCAGCCCUCAAUAUGUUCACCCGAUGUAUGUCCGCAGAGUUGGGACCCAAACAUAUUCGCGUCAAUUCUGUGAACCCUGGAUAUAUCCGAACUGAUUGUCUGUUGACAAUGGGCAGCACCAAAGAGCAAUCGGAUCAGGUGUUUGACUUCGUGGCCACCAAAUACCCGGUCGGUCGCUCAGGUAUGCCCGACGAUGUGGCCAAUGCUAUACUGUUUGUCGCUUCUAAUGACUCGUCUUUUAUAACCGGCGCCGACAUGUUUGUGGACAUAUCGCUGCAAAUAUGA